AAUGUAACAAAAAAAGAAGAAAAAGUUAUUAAAAUCUCUUCUGUUGCUUUUCAUAAAAUAAAUAUUGCAAUUAAUUGGCAAGAUAGUAAAAUUUUAAAUAUACUCCCACAUAAAACAUCAGAUAAGUAAACAGCUAUCCGAGUGGCAACAAGUUUACGUACACAGUUAGUUAUUCUUCAGCAACAUGGGCGACAACAACAAUCUGCGAAGUGCUGUGAUAAACGAUUCACCUAUGCUCACAACGCCAUACGGUAACGUGAGAUCCCUUGCAGCCCCGCCACCCGUACCGCAGUCCCCUUUCCAGCAGAGUUCAUAUGGGGGUGGUGGUGGCUAUGGUGGGGGCUACGGAAAUGCUGGAGGAUACGGAUUAGGUUUUGGCAGCUACAAUACAGGUGGAUACGGUGCAGGCGGUUUCGGCGGAUAUGGUGGCUACGGUGGAUAUGGCAGUAUGGGAGGCAUGGGUGGAUUUGGCGGCGGCUAUGGUGCCUACAACAGAUUUGGCGGACCGAAUGUCAAUGAUCCAGAGCAGCGAUUCAUACAAAUGGCCGAGGCAAGCUCGCGUCCGGCUUUUCAAAGCAUCGAAUCGUUGGUGUCGGCUAUUGCCAACAUUGCCUCAAUGCUGGAUUCCACAUUCUUUGCCUUAACGAGCUCCUUUCGUGCCAUUCUCGGCGUGGCUGCAAACUUUGGUCGCCUGCGCAGCGUGUUUAGCCAGUUCUGGGCAUCGUUUGCCAUCUUUCGAGGCUUAAACUGGAUUUACAGAAAAAUCCUAUAUUGGCUUCGCCUGUCGAAUUUAGAUCCCUCUUCAGAAGCUUUUAAAAAGGCGUUUGCCGAAGCUCUGAACGAUAAUAGUGCACACCAAGGCAAUGCACCACGUCCGCCUCGCAAGGGCACAUCUCCUUGGCCAGUGCUGGCAUUCAUUAGUUUCAUCUUCACUGCUCCCUACCUGAUCAUGAAGUUGCUGGGCACCGUGACGAAUACAGCGCAGGAGGAAGCUCGGGAUCCCGCCAAAUGGACCGCCCCGAUCCACACGCAAGCUGUGUACGAUUUCCAGGCCCGUAAUCAAAGUGAGUUGACGUUGCGCGCCGGACAGAGCAUUCAAGUGGCACCGCGUGAAAUUCAACAGACCCUUCAACUCCUCAACACUGGCUGGGCUCUCGCCUCAACAAAUGGACAGAACUCGGGCAUAAUACCGAUUAACUACGUCAAAUCACCGCAGCAAAUAAGGCAAGAGCGACAGGAACCCAUUAAGCCAACGCAACCACAGCCCGAACUGAUGAAUCUGUCUGCAAAUGCAUUUCCCACGCCUCCUUUCGAUCAACAAAUGAAUUAUGACUUUAAUUUGGCUGCACAGCAGCAGGAACCGCUGGGUCCACCAUCCACGGCCACAACGAUCCUAGACGAUGCUUUUGCUUGAAGGGAUCGUCUCAAAACACCUUAAAUUUAGCGUUAAGCCAAAGGAUAUCCUAUACUUUUAUAUAAGUCGUCCAAUCGGAUUGAUGAAAAGUGGUGACUUCUUAAAUGUUAUUUUGCCUAUUUAUAUAAUUUUUAAGUUUCUGAUAUUUCCCAGUUGCAAUAGUCAUUGGCAGGAAUUUGAAGAAAACAUUCCGUAAAAGCACCCCCAUUAGCUUAAUUUGCUUUGAAUUUGUUGUAUUGAAAAAGAAAUCACCCGAAUCGUUUCAAUGCGACUUAUAAUGAUAAUAAAUUAUUGAAAUCAAAAAUAAAAUUCUUUUCCAUGUAAAUGAA